UAUAUAUAUAUAUAUAUAAUUUUUUUAAGGACUAAACUAAAUUUAUAAAACACUACAGAUUCUCCAGUAUGGGCUGGAAGAGACAGCAGUAUGCAAGAGCUGAUUUCACACUUUUGGAUGCUGAGGUUGGCCAAGAGACAGGAUUUAGUUCUGUUAUUGUCACUGUUUCUUUCUCACACCUGCUUUCAUUCUGCUUCAUACGCUAUUUCUAGGAAGCCAGUUUCACAGUGUCUUCGGCUUCCUCAGCACUCUUCCUUCUCUUCUUGAGAUAUGGAUACAACUGUUUCCUGGAAAAUAGUACAUUUCCUACAGGAAGAAGACAAUUUGAAAGUUUUUGUCUUCCCAGUCACUGUCUUCCAAGUUAUGUGCCUUUGCAUUCUGCAAUCUCUACGUCUUAAAUCUGAAAGUGACAAAGAUGUUUCAGAGUUCACGUGCUUACCACUGGAAUCAGAAACACCCUUACGGGAGCUUAAGAGAGCUAUUUAUCCUUCCUUCUCUGCUCCAGGUCCCUUUGACACCACUUAUCAUUUAACAUAUAGAGGUGGUGCUCUGUGCUUUGUGUUGGGUAGUGCCCCCUGACCAUCUUUCACCACCUCACUUCUGUAGCUACACCAGCAAAUUCAGGCCUAGCAGGGAGCUGGCAACAGACCUAGAUGCUGGUCAAACAAUAUUUACACUGUAUUUAAUUGUUUUUUAGGUGGAAUUAAAGUACUGCAUAACAUAUAAACACUUACCUUUGCAUAGAAAACGUAACUUCCAUCCCUUCUUCGGCCCUUUCUCUGUGAUGCUUCUGGAGAUCUUGAUUAACGUGUGUUAUAUUUUUGUCACGGCUGUAGGCAGUUCUUCAGUGUUACUCUGAUAAACCCUCAGUCAAUAUGCCUAAGCUUAUUUCUGCAGUGUUAAUGCUGCCUCAGGAUCAGAUUUUUGUUAUGUUAUCGCUGCUUUGUGCUGCUUCUGCCAUCUAAAACAGUUUGAAAUUUGUCUCAGGCUAUAAUUAAAUUGGUUUUUUAUUUGGCUGCACCACUGUGGCUGUACCAACGCAUAUCAAUAAACUUUGCUAUGUAAUUCUUUAUCAUCAAAUGGCUGCUAUUCAUGGUGGUGCCCCAGGAGGAUUUUAUUCUGUUUCAAUGCCAGUAAAGCUUCCUGGGACUCCUUGAUUGACAAACAUACUGGGUUGGUUUUUUGUGCACUUUGUAUAACAUUGGUAAAGAAGAACGGUAUAUUCAGUACCACAGCAAGCAGUUCUGUCUUGCCUAGCUAUGGAUACUGUCUCUCUUCUAAAACUAUUCUUUCACAUUACUUUCCACCACUGCUUACUAGGCCGAAAUCUUACCAUGCACGUGUAGCAUCAGUGCAUGUACAUCAUACCCUAUGCUUUUUAGGUAUAUUGCUUCCAACAAAUGAAAGGUAAUGCAUAACUGUGUAAAACUCCCCAACUCCUUUCUUUCUGUCUUCAUUGCUACUGCCAACUCCCUGUUGUGGUGCUCCAGCUGACUCUGUACUGCCUACAUGCCAGAGCUGCACUGUGCUGUGCUUGCCCUCAUUAAGCGAUGCUGAGAGACUUUCAUGUACCUGCAUCUCCGUACACCUAUGUUAAUGCACUUUUGUAUUCUUGUAACGUUAAGGGUUUAGGACAGUCUAUAACUAAAAGUCUUAUUUAAGUAAGAAAGAACAGCCAGGAGGAAUUUUGGAGGGAUUCUCUGUCCUGUACAACCUGCAAUAAGGUGUUGUGCUCUCACCUGCCAGCACAUUCAGAGCUCAUAGGGAUCAUGGGGUGGGUCAGUCCAACUGUUCUGGCUAGCAUGAAGGAGCUUGGGAAUGGCAUUAGAAUUAUUCAUUAGGAGUAAGAAAAAAAAUGUUCUGCUGCCAAACACAGUGUGUAUUUUUUUCACUGGAGAGUUUUCCAGUUUCUUACUGCCCUCAAUAGCUGAAGACUGAAAGGGCUGCUGCCCCAUCCAGGAACAGUACUCUGGGAUUUCAAAGCAUUUCACAGCAUCUUUUCUUCUGAAAUUUCUUUACAAUUCAGUUUCCUUCCUAUUUCUCUUUUAUCAUUUUGAUUGUACUCUUAUCAGGUGUUGGAUUGCAUGAACACUUCACAAAAGCCCUCUUACUGCAUUAUAUUCUGCUGCUUGAUUCUUCCACAGUUAUAUUCUAUUUCUAGAGUAGCGUCUUCUAUUGAGGUGUUGCGUAUACUUUCAUGUUUGAUCAUCCUCUGGGUCUUGAACUUUGUGACAUAUUUCUGUCUGCUUCUUCCUUGUGAACUCUGCAUGCUGGUCACUUCCUGUCCUUCCUUCUUGGUCCUUUUAUUGCUGGGGAAUUUUCUCUACUUGAGCUCAUGAUUUAAUGGGGACUUUCUUCAUUUCUUUUUGGCCUGAAGGAGUGUGGUGGUCUUUUAUUCUCAUUCAGCCUUUAUGAUGUUGAACUUAUUUAACUCUGCACUCAGAGUGCUGCAGUAGCACUCAUUUUUAGGAAGAGAAAUAUGGAGUAUCUUUAGGGAAGGAAGCUUAAUAAAAGAUCCGUGCAGUCUGGCCUACUUCUAAAGCAAGCAAAGAAUCUUAGAGGAAAAGGCAAAAUGCAUUAGGAAGAUCUUCUAUUUGUCCUGUUUCAAAUUAAUUUUCUUCUAGGGCAGUGAAGCUAAUGUGUAUCUGAAGGUCAAUUUUAUAGAAGAAUUGUAAUAAAAAAAAUGAAACAAAAUUAAUUUUGGUGUGGGCUACCUGGAGAUCCCUACAAAAGCAGGCAAAAAGGGCAUGGGGUAGAAUGCAAACACUAUAGCAAGAAGAUGCUUUUUCUGUAUCUUAAUUUAGUAAUUUUUAGCAGUGCAUAUGCUGUGAGGAGGACUAACCUAUAGAUGGCUGAAGCCCUUUCUAACCAUCCCCGUCUUCUUUGCUUAGCUCUUCAUCACAGUGUCUGUAAUCCUGGCUCUCUAAAGGCCCUUCUACCCUAUUCAGAUGCUUUUAGGCUUAUUGAAUGCAAUUCCUGGCAAACCCCUCUGAUUUGUGUUGGAUGUCAUCCAAUGAAAACCAUAAAAACUGCCCAUGUUGCAGCUGCUCUCUUAAAACAAGACCUUUUUGCCUGGUAACUGUAACAGCUCUUGCACCAUUUGGCAUUAGAUUCUCCUUGACUUUUUGGCUGUCAGGCACAAGAACACUGGACUCCUGCAUGGUGUAGCUGGUAACCGUCACCUUUUUAGUUUGUGCUGCUGACCUGAAGCAUGGUUGUGUCUGCCAAGCGUAUGCAUGGAUUGAGCUCAGGUGUCUGUGAGAUAAAUGGCUCAUUUAAAUUGGGAGCUACUAAAAUACUCUCUGGCUGGCAAAUGCAGUGCCUAGCAGCAGUCAUCAAGGACGAACCAAACAUGAGUGGAGGAGGGGAGCAGGUCGACAUCCUUCCGGCCAAUUAUGUGGUCAAAGAUCGCUGGAAAGUGUUGAAGAAGAUCGGUGGCGGAGGUUUUGGGGAGAUUUAUGAGGCAAUGGACCUGCUUACCCGGGAGAAUGUGGCCUUGAAGGUGGAAUCAGCUCAGCAGCCCAAGCAGGUUCUCAAGAUGGAAGUGGCUGUGCUGAAGAAGCUGCAAGGGAAGGAUCAUGUUUGCAGAUUUAUUGGCUGUGGAAGAAAUGAAAAAUUUAAUUAUGUGGUCAUGCAACUUCAGGGCCGAAAUCUUGCAGAUCUCAGAAGAAGUCAACCUCGAGGGACCUUUACACUGAGCACAACACUACGAUUAGGCAAACAGAUUCUGGAGUCAAUAGAAGCCAUUCACUCUGUGGGAUUCCUGCAUCGUGACAUCAAACCUUCCAAUUUUGCCAUGGGCCGGUUACCUUCAACGUACAGGAAAUGCUACAUGUUAGACUUCGGCCUGGCCCGUCAAUAUACCAACACCACUGGUGAAGUCAGGCCACCUCGCAACGUUGCUGGUUUUCGAGGAACAGUCCGUUAUGCUUCAGUGAAUGCACAUAAAAACAGAGAGAUGGGUAGACAUGAUGAUCUGUGGUCCCUCUUCUACAUGUUGGUGGAGUUUGCAGUUGGUCAGCUUCCAUGGAGAAAGAUCAAAGAUAAGGAGCAAGUUGGCAUGAUAAAAGAAAAGUAUGAACAUCGGAUGCUGUUAAAACACAUGCCUUCAGAGUUCCACCUUUUUCUGGAUCAUAUAGCAAGCCUAGACUACUUCACCAAGCCAGACUAUCAGCUAAUCAUGUCCGUGUUUGAGAACAGUAUGAAAGAAAGAGGCAUCACUGAAAAUGAAGCUUUUGACUGGGAGAAGGCUGGUACAGAUAUCUUGUUGUCCACUAGCACUUCUACUCCACCACAGCAAAACACCAGGCAAACAGCAGCCAUGUUUGGGGUGGUUAAUGUCACUCCAGUACCAGGAGAUUUGCUUCGUGAGAACACUGAGGAUGUCCUACAGGGUGAACAUCUAAGUGAUCAAGAGAAUGCUCCUCCCAUCCUGUCAGGCCGGCCAGCAGAAGGUCUUGGCCAGACGCCAAACACCGCUUUCAACGAAGCUGAAGUUUGGGAAGAGACAGAUGUGAAUCGCAACAAACUCAGGAUCAGCAUCAGCAAAACUCAGUGCAUGGUGGAAGAAGAUCAGAGAAAUGGGGUCUGCCCCAGCUCCCCUGUCCGAGUGCCUCCAGAGUCCCCUACCGCACAAGCGCGCUCCCUAAGAUAUCGCCGUGUGAACAGCCCUGAGUCGGAACGCCUCUCUACAGCUGAUGGCAAAGCAGAUCUACAUGAAAGAAGAUCACGAAUGGAUUUGCCUGGCUCUCCAUCACGGCUUGUGUGCUCCUCCCAGCCAGCCCAGAUGCUGUCCAUUGACACUGGCCAAGUUGACCGGCAGGCAAGUGGUAGGAUGGAUGUGUCUGCUUCAGUGGAACAUGAAGCCCUCAGCAAUGCUUUCCGCUCAGUGCCGCUUGCGGAGGAGGAGGACUUUGAUAGCAAGGAGUGGGUUAUCAUUGAUAAGGAGACAGAACUGAAGGACUUUCAUCCAGGUGCUGAGCCAAGCACCUCUGGCACCACAGAUGAGGAGCCUGAGGAGCUAAGACCUAUAGAAGAUGGUGAGGAGAGGAGGCGCUUGGGGGCAGAUGCUGCAGUCAGGCCGAAGACUCAUGAUGGGCGAAGUCGGGGUAUGCAGCCUGUGACUGAGGAGGACAGUUCCCACAGACAUGAAGGACCUUCUCAAACAGUAUCUGACAGUAAACAUGAACAGCAGACAGGAAGUCCAGCCCACUCCCCCCUACACUCAGCACCAGCUAUCCGACAAAGGAGACGAGAAUCUGAACCUACUGGUCCUCAGAGACAGGCCUUCUCAGCACUCCCUCCCGAGUCAUUUGAAAUGAAUGGUCUGCCCAAGGCGGUCCCUUUAAGUUUGCCUUAUCAAGACUUCAGAAAAGACAUGUUAGACUACUGGGAAAAGGCUAAGUUAUCCCAGCGGAUAAAGAGAGUUGAUUUCUCAAAUGUUGUCUUGACUGCUCCUUGCAAACCCCUGGAACCUUACCUGGAAAUGAAUGGAAAAGAGGAGGAGGAAGAAGACGAGGAAGAAGAUGAAGAUGAGGAAGAAGAUGAAGAGGAUGUGGAGGAGGAAGGGGAUGAAAUUGACAUGCACAGUGGAUCCAGCAGUGACCUGAGUCAAAAAAGCACAGAGCGCAGCCAGGAGUGCGCACCAUCCACCCUCCUGGCUGAUGACCAGAAGGGAUCCAAGGGUCGAGCUUCCAUGGCUGAUGGGGACUUGGAACUGGAGGAGGGCUCAAAAACACUGGUGCUGUUUUCACCAGGUGAUCUGAAAAAAUCUCCAGUGACCACAGACUUGCCACCAGAAGUUGAUCUGGGGACUCUUGCUGCACUGACACCUCAGAGCGAGCGGCCGCAGCCAAUGGGUAGCCAACUAGAUGUGUCUGAGCCAGGGACCCUCUCCUCAGUCCUUAAAUCUGAACCAAAGCCUCCCGUGGCAGUGGCUACAGCUUCCUCCCCAUUUACCAAAGUUGAGCGCACAUUUGUUCAUAUAGCUGAAAAGACCCACCUAAAUGUCAUGUCUUCCAGCGGCCAGCUGAUGAGGCAUGAGGAAUACUGCCCUCCGGGCCAGUUUGAAGAGGUCAUUAUUGAAGAGGAGCUGGAAGACAACCUGGUGUUGGUAGAGAAUGGAAGCAUCCAUUCGGGGCUAGAAGGGGCAGAGACAGAGAGCUGUGCACUUUCUGCUAAUCCCAUUGAAACCACCUCAGAAACAGUGGGGGAGCAGCUGUCGGUCCCCAAUGUAGCAAAGCCUCCUGAGGAUAAGGCAGAGUCCUCUGACAACGUGGCACUCUCACUGGAUUUGGAAGAGUCUGCCAAGGUGGUCACAAGAGAGCCUGACCUUGAGAAGCCAGCAUCGGUAGCAGAACACCUGAAGCCAGCAGGGACCCUCCCUGAUGCUCCACAGCAGGGCCCCAGGAGACCUCUGGGCUCCAGGUAUAGAAGUCGGAUCCCCAUUUUAUUCUCUGAGGAGGAUACUGGCUCAGAUCUUUCAACUUCACUCUCAGCCAAAGAGAGGCUUUAUAAGAGGGCAAAGCAACCUGAUCUGGCUCGUUUAGUGAUGGAGAAGAGGCAAAACUGCCUCCUUAGGCUGGCCUCGGGGGCCUCUUCCUCAGCAUCCUCCAGUGACGAGAGGCGGCGGGCCUCAGAAACCCUGUCAGCCACUGGUUCUGAGGAGGACACCCAUGACUCUGAUGACUCCAUCCCAAGAAAGGCAGGGAAGAAAGCUGCCCUCCUGGGGAGAGAAGAGAAACUCAUAAGCACAAAGAGCAGAAUUCCUCGGCCCAUCACACCUGUGAAAACACCACUGGAGACAAUGAAGUCUGAGAGCUCCACAGCCGUUGUGAUGGCAGUGCUAUCCAGCUCCCCACAGGAUGCAGCUGUGGCCUACAGGCUCCAGGCACAGAGACCAGCUGGAAGUGUCCCGAACGACUGCCGAACAACGCAGAUACAAAGCCGGCUUCCUCCUUCACCAAGUUCCACGUCUCUUCCUCCACGGAGCAGCACGCAGAGGUCCAGCUGCGCAUCCCCUCGGAGCCCUGUGCUUCCUUCCAAAACCCCCAGUGCUUCCCCAAGAAGCCAGUUGCUGCCUCGGAGGGAAAGCCCUUCUCCCUGCAGGCAGCAUAAGCCAGGGACUGCUCUCCAGCGAGUUCCACCUUCCCCCCGACCUCAGCCCCAGGCUCAGGCCCUGGGGCCAACAGGAGACUCCCUGCCCUCUCCUGGCAUGGCCAAAAAACGGCAAAGAGGAAAAACCCAGACUCAGAGUCCAGCAACCAAAGGAAAGCAGGUGUCCCUGGAAAGUAAGGCAACUGCCAGAUAAUGAUCUUCUGCCAACCCAACAGACUGGGUAACUUCUGCAUAUAGUAUACACUUGAGAUGCUGCAGCACAGCCUUCCAUGCCGGAACCACGAGUGUAUAGCAGUAGCUGUACUUCAAUGCUUCACUCACUCUCACCCCACACAGUUGCGAUCAGCUCCCACAGGCCUGAGAGCCUCUGAGCCAUGGAGCCUUCUUCGAGGGAAACAUCCAGUCCGCAGCUCACGCUUGCUAAUGCACAGCACCAAGCAGCGACCCUGGCAGCCUGCCUAGUGCCUGUCCCCCCUACUCCCCAGGCAUUCCCCUCUCUCUGUUGGCAAUACCUGUCGCCAAUACUGACCCUGGCUUUGGAAAGAGGAGUGGAAGUGAUGAGAGCCUGCUGGGAAGGAAGGCUCCUGUCCUGCGGGCAGCCCUUGCUCUCUCUUUGCUGGGAAAACACCAGCCCUGGCUGCCAAUGGCUGAGUGUUGGCUUCCCUCCUGCAGCUUGUGUUAGUGAGGGCUUGUCACCAGCCCAGCUCAGAGUGAUGGGUGUGUCGUUGUGUGCCGAGACAGGGGCAGGAGAGGGCUGGAGGGGCUUUGCUCUCCUUUUUUCCACGAGGGCCUCUGCAGGCAGGAGUGGGGCACAGGCAGCUCUUGUAGAUGCUCCUGCCUGCUCCAGGAUGUCCUGCAGAGCUGUUUCAGCAGCUGCCUGUGGGGCAGGUGUUGAAGUGGAAGUAGGGAUGUAUGGGCAGCUUGCUGGGAAAUCCAGAGCACUAGCAUGUGAUGUGGAAGGGAGCACUCUGCAGCCACUUCUGUCUCAGAUACCGAACUGUGACCUGUGGAGGCCACGUCUUCUGACACAGGUGGUUCCUCUCAGCCUGAGUGUGGUGGGUGCCACAGUUCUGUAGGCCACCCAAACACAGCUCCAUCCUGAAGAUGUGAAUAGUCACUGGAUGCCUUCAGCUCGGGUGCCCCCUGCACCUAAACUCCUCGUGCUUUAUUGUCACGCUCUUGGUAUUUGUGAAUUUUGGCACUGUCAUUGAAGGUUCCCCUACACAGCAGGGAGGGAAAUAAUUAUCCUGUCAUAUACUCUAAAGCUGCUUCUUUGCAAGGAGAGUUUUGCUGGUACGCCGUGGGUAUCCCGUGCAUUUCUCAUUGGGAGAUCGGGUUUAUGUCUUUCUCGGUGCUCAGCUCUUCCACACAUUGCCUAACAACCAACAAUGUGAACACAAAAGCAAGGGCUGUGCUCUUAAAUAAUAUUACCCAAACGUAAGCUUAGCUCUCACUUAGAACUGCACGCCAACUUUUUAGCUCCCCAACUAAUUAGGAUGGUUCGAAAAUUCAAGCUAGGAGGACUGAUAACUGCCCGAGCCUGAUAAGAUCUUGAAAUGGUCACAAAUUCUUCCCUGCACUGCACAGGGGGAUACAAUAUAGACCCAAAUCCUUGGGGCUUCAUGCCAUUGUCACACCUAAAAGAAGUUUUGCAUAAGGCAGUAAUAAAAAUGAUGGAUGCUCUGCCCACCCAUUCCUGCAGCUGCAACUAGCAGCUUUGGAAAAGAUUUGCAGACAAAAAAGCUUGAUGGAAGAAUCUGUAUGGUAACAACUAUGACUCAUUUGAAUGUAUUUACAAUCACAUCCAUGGUCAUCCAGUCCAAGGAAUCCCGAGGUUCUAUUCCAGAGUUCUACAUGAACAUGCAUGGAUCAUGAGCGCUGUGACGGAGUGGCAGGGAGAACAGGGCACUCCUGGGACAUCAGAACAGGGCAAUGUCUAGAAACAAGUGAUGGGAAUUACCUCUCUACACAGCAGUUCCAGUGUUGACAAUGCUAGGAAUUUAUUUCAUAUAGUUCAAAACGUUUGGUGUUUUCCUUAAAAGUCAUUCACCCUUGUAGAGUAAGAAGCAGAGCUUCUCGUCCAAGAACACAUCCCAGCUCUCAUCUUUGCAGAGGGGCACUGGGAAUUCCACGCUCAGGUUGUGGUUUGAGGGACUGAGAUGACUUAGCCUCUAAUGGCAGUGGUCCCUCCAAGUUGCAGUCCCCUCCCUUACCCUAGGGCAGCUGUUUGGUGAGUGAGGUGGCUGGAGAUAGGGAUCCAGUGUGACAACAAGUGCUCUGGUUUGCUGGGUUAGUUUUCAUCUGUUCAUCCAUCAGGUUCAGCAUUUGGUCACGCAAUGCUUCUGCCAAAAGUGGAGGAAAGAGUAGACAGUAAAUUCUACCACUUCUGUGGGCACAAUGACUUCAUGUGAGUUCAGAGUCUGGUCCAACUGCAGCCUAAAUAUGUCCCGGGAGUUUUGAAACUAGAAAACAGAAUAAGCCCAAACACACAGAUUCUUUCUGGAAAUAUAAAUGGUAAUGGCUCUCCAAUUAAUUUGUCUGCAGACUGUAGAGUGCUUAGAUAAUAAGAUUUUGACAGUGAAGCCAUUACCAGAUGCUCUAUCCAGGUCUUAUGUGCACAUGCCAAAAAGGCAUGGAAGGAGCUGGAAACAAGUGGGAGGCCAGUGAAGCACAGCUAUUGUAUUUGUUCGAGAGAAAGUUUAAAUCAGAAUUGUCCAUGGCCCAGCUGUACCAUGUCAAGAAAGAAGCUGAAAGAAGAAUGCCAGCGAAUGAUUUCCGGCACGGGAGACAGCAGCCUGUCUCCAUGUUGUUUGAUAGGGCUGGGCUGGUGCUGCAGCUGGAUCUGUAGUACUGUCAUGCACUGUCUAUCCUGAGUCAUCAGGUCCAGUGGCAUUGAGAGCUGUCUGGCUGCGGCAGGGCUGAGAGCCAGAGCAGGAGCUGCUGGCUGCUGCCACUGCCAGGCUCCCAAGGUUGUUCCUGCAGGGCCUGGACAUCCCCAUGUGUCCCACAGGUUUGGAGCUCCAGACCUGUUCCCUUUCCCAGUGGCAAGUAAUGCUGUGAUGUUACAGGCGAAGUGCUUCACACUGCCUCUUACAGUCCUUCACUGAGAUUAUCUUUUACAGGAGCUUCAGUGCUGGGCUCUUUCAGUCAAGUGGUUAAAAUAAUUUGCUCAUUUGCUAAAUCUGGCAGUGCAAAGAGUCAGGCUUCAUGCAAGCACUGCUCAGCAACCACUAAACGUCAGUGUGUUAUCAACAUUGUUCUCACCCAAAUCCAAAACACAACACCACACCAGCCACUACAAAGGGAGCGUAUCUAUCCCAGCCCAAAGCAGGACACUUGUUCAGACACCUGUUCCAGCUGGCAGCAGGGACACUCAGCAAAGCCUCUGCCACGCAGAAGCCGCUCUGGGUCUGUUCACUCUGAUUUUCAAAGUUCUGCCCUUCAGAGGUGAGCGUCACCCCGGGGACUGCUGUCACUUGAGGCUGUUCGGUGCGCUGGAGAGGAGGAUUGUCUGGUGAGCAGGUGGACCAGCAAUGAUAUAUCCUGUGAAAAGAGCCCUACAAAAGGGGCAGGGAACUGUGGGUCUUUCAUCCUCUUCUCUGCCUCACAGACCAGGAGGGCACCUGCAGUAGUCAGGUCAAACGCAGCAGAUCAUGUUUGGGGGGUUGUUCUGUUAGGGCAAAUGGCUGAUACAAGACAGUGUGCCAAGGGGUGGGUCUGAAAGACAGUUCUCAGCACCAAGCUAGUAUGACAGUGGAUUGUAUGAGCAAAAAGAGCACUGGGGACGGCCAAAAGAGUGUCACGGGAGGGCACGGACAUGUGGCUGGAGACACUGAGCUGGCUUGGGUUGGCAGCACAGACACUGGCUUGUCUUGGUGCAAAAGGUGUUUCGGUCACAGACAUUGCUGGGUCGUGCUUGGGAUUUGCAAGAGGCAGGACACUUGGCUUGUCCUUUCUAAGUAGAGAGUAUUGCUAUAUAUAUAUAUAUAUAUUAAAAAAUAUAAGAAUAUAAUAUAAGUAGUGCCCAUUAUAUAUUGUGGCUAAAGGUUGAAAAGGAUCCUGCGGCCUUCAGAAAGGCGCCGUGGUGCUGUGUGCCCCCGCUGUGUGCAGGGCUGUCCCAGUGCCGUGGGUGCAGGUGGAAGAGCAGGGUAACAGCACUGAAACACGUGGGAGCUGUGAGGCUCUGCUUGCCAGGGGCCAAUACACAGUGGUGGGGAUGGCCAUCAGAGCUGUCAUAACCAUCUCUGUGUGGCGUGGAUCUGGGUCUGGAGACUGGGUGAUGGCCCUUCACUAACACAAGCGUGGUUUUGUUGGGGCAACAAUGUCCUUGGUGUUCCUCCUUUCCAUCACAGAGCUAUUUUCUCAGUGUAAAUCUCUGUAAUAAGAUGGCUCCACAUCUGCUUACAGCCUGAGCAGCUCCAGCAGUAGCUCGAUGGCUCCUCAGCACACUUCUUUCUUCCCUGUACAGUUUACUGCCCCAUGGCAUGAUCCCACCACUAUCCCACGUGCACAGACACGGAUGUCCACCCGAGGCCUUGCUCCACGCAUUCACAAACUGCAGUCAUAUGAAUCUUGCAAACACAAUAAAAGUCCCUUUGUGGAUCUGAUGAGUUUGGUUUCCAACGAUCGUCUUCUGGCUUAACUGCAAUGUGCCCAUGCUCGAUCUGCUGCAUUCGCAAAGCAAGUGGAGACCACCUGGGCACCUGCAAGCACCUGUGAUCACCUGUCUGUUUCCCAGCAGCUGCACACAAGGGGAGAGCUUGGGUUCCUGCUUAGGUCCUUCCCUCCUCCUCUGUGUGCUGUGCCACCGACAGCAGGGUGGGAGCCCAGGGGCUCCCUUCUUGCUGGCUUCAGGAUCCUCUGCAGAACCCCAAAUGGCUUUUUGCACUCCCUCAGCCUCUUGCUGACCACUGAAGGGCUGGGACUGUGCUAGUAGGAAAGCAGAGCCAGCUGACAUUCAGAUAAGUUGGCAGCGACUCCGUGAGCUUUGGGUCUUGCAUCUUGGUGAGGCCAAAGAAUAGCCCUGGUUGCAGGCUGCAGUGAUCCAUGGUCCCAGGACAGCCAGGACACUACAAAAUGGCAGUGAUUUGCACACUACGGCUCUCCCGUCCCCUCAUUUGUAACUUCCCUCCUCUAGCAAACCUGGUCUGCAGGCACUCUUUUUCCCCUGCAGAUCAGUCCCUCCCUGCCUGGGGCUUUGUAGCCCUCCUGGAUGUCUGCACAACUCAAGGAAUACCUGGCCCCUUUGCAGGCUGCCGCUCUGGGAUAUGAGGAGCAUUUUCCCUUCUAUUUCUGGAGCUGCAAAUGUCUGCAAAGCAGGUUUAAGGCAGGCAUUGAUGCUCUCUGUGCUAAAAGGAGGAAGAGAGCUACCACAGCAGAUCCAUAAGUGGGUUGCCGACAGGGACCGAGGUGUGAGCACAUCCUCCCCUUAGCUCCUGAACCAAAGCGAGCUGCAGGGCUGAGAUCCUGGCUUGCCUCACCUCUGCUCCAGCUGCAAGGAGGAGGCAGGAGCUGGUGGCACUUGGGGACGUGGCUGCCAAGGCAGAGACUCCCAGACCGGCAUCCGCAGGUGGUGUGAAGAGCUCUGCAGGACAUGGGGUUAGGCAAGGAGUCCGCAUUUUAAACCAGCCCAUGCGUGAGAACAGGUGUCAGGGACACCACUGUCCUGUGCAACCUGGGCUGCUGCUUCUCCGGACAGGAAUUGGAGCUGAAAACGCAGAUAAUUUUGUAAAUCUCCUUUUAACACAUUAGCAUGGGACUCUACACUCAGACAUCACAGCUGGCGCACCGACGUGGUUUUCCUUCGCCUCCGACACAGUCCGCCAAAGUCUUCUGGCCCGGAGACAGGACUCUGCUCCUUGGUACUGUCUGGGAACGCGACUGGGUCCUAAGGCUGAAUCUCUCUACAUUAUCUCCUUUGCAUUCUUUAGGAAAGCAGCUCGAGAAUGUUUACACACUGCAAACAGAAUGUACAACUCCGACCAGGAACCACAAUCCGGUUCAACUGCAUGGCAAAUUUCUUGGCCAUCAAAUCUGGCAUGCAUCACAGAGGCCCCGUCUGUGUACAGAUCCACCUGGCAUUGCUCAUACCUUCAGAUCACGUCUUAAAAAGAAUAUACGAUGAUGCCAUUUCUUGUUCAUACCAGACACAGUUGUCAUUAGAUUUGUUAUUAACAGGGGGAUUCUUGAUCAUGCCAUUAAAAGCCUGUCUACCUUUUCA